ACCAAGGUGCACCAACAUGGCGGCCCGUGCUUUGCUCAACGCAGCCUAGGUGUAUCCAUGGGUGUAUCAGCGGUAACCGGAAGUUGUAGGCAGAAACAGGAAGUGUUCCAGAAAGAUGGCGACCCUUGCUUGCUGGGCUGUGUUAUGCUUCUUAUUAGCGCUGAGUACCGCAGACGACCCGCAAACAGGGGUGAAUAAAGGUAUAAUACUGCUUGCGUGUCGUACAGCCAGGCACCAUGCCCAGUGCGGGUACACAGUGGGCAUUUAAAGGGCGGCUUCAACGACGUCACACGUGUUCCCACCUGCCCCAUAGAUAGAGAGAUAGAUAGAUGGUGCUGAGUAUUGCAGCUUAUUAGAAUGUGCCCCUGCCUGGCAGUGUAUUCCUGGGCAGAGAACACAGGCUGGCUGUGCGAGGGGGGGGGGGGACUAGGUACAACUCCCAUCAUGAUUCCCAGCAGAGGGAAAUUAUGGACACCCCCCCCCCGGGAUAGGAUGGAUGAUGGGGAGGGGGGGUUUGAAGAAUUGUACAUAGACAAUGUUUAUGAAGUAGCUUGGCACUUAUCUAAUUUUCAAACAGUUGGAAAGCUUGGACUAAAAGGAUUUUUAGGAAAUUAAUUAUGCAUUGGAAAUUUUGAAAACUCACUUUUUAUGCUUUCGGGAGUUGUUACAUUAAUAUUUGUCAGGAGUUAGUUUUUAAUGGAACGUUUCAUAAUGACUCCAAAUUGUCUGCAGUAAAAUAUACGUAAUCAAGAUAUGUGUAUCAUAGGAAAAUAAAGCUAUUUAAGUGUUCAGGAGACCUUUUAUUAAAACAUAAAGCAGAGGUAUGGAACCCUGAAUUGUUUUCCUUUAAUGCACUCUAAAGUGUUAGUUAUAUUUUAUAUUAACCUUAAAAAAAAUAUUAAGGCUAGGGUCUCUGUUUGAUCAGCACUGGAAAGUACAUAUAUACAGGUUUGCCUGAGAGUGGUGGGAUUUACAAUCUCAGACAGCAACUUAUCUUUGUAUAUCCUGCCCUGCAUUCUCACUCCAAGCAACUGGAGAGGGACUGAAGCAUUAAAGCCAGCUGCAAAUAGCUCACUACCCAUUAGUGUAACUCCCAUUAAUCUCAGGCAGACCGAUCUAUGUAUGUCCAGUGUUGCCCUGACAUUAAGUGCUGUACUCUACACAACGUAAAUCACAACAUGCAGUAAAUACUUAAUUUUCAGUGGAUGACUUAUGGAAGUCAUCCACUAAAAAUUAAGUAUUAACUUCAACUCUCACAAAAUUGAUAUUUAGGGUCUAUCGCCUAAAUAGUCAAAUCUCUUGAUAUACUGCUCCACUCUUAUUUACUAAUUUCCUUUGUGCAUUUUGUUGUGUGUUUAAGGGUACCACAUUUCAGAGUGUGUUAGCAGUGAGAAAAUACCAACUCUAAGCAGCAACCCAAUUUCAAACAUUUGUAAAGAGCACUCCAAAAAUCACUGUCUCCUUAAACUUUAUUUUAUGUUGAGUAAAAAAUGAAAUCUAAAUUGUAUAAUUCAGACAUUUUUCACAACCCUGAAAACAUGCAGUGUUAUUCUUUGAUAAAAAAAAAACCCCAAUAUAUUAUUUACUGACACAUGUAAAUUGUUUUACCUUUUCCCGCAGCACCUGUAACAUUAAUAAGGAAGUAGUUUAUGAAAUGUGGAAUAUAGGUGAGGGUGUGGCAGGUAGUUUUAUUCUGUAUUAGAUUUAUGCAGUAAUGGCUCAGGCAAGGUUAGCUCUGAUAGGUGGAUGCCAGUAGGUCCCAUGCUUCGUCCGUUGUGCAGCUUUGCCAUACACGGUCAGUGGACCAAGCCUGUGUUUGAAAACCCGGCACAUGUGACUUUGGUAGAGUGUUCUUGACUGCUAAAUGUCAAUUCUGUGCAAAAUUUAUGUUUGUCAGGGCACACUGCACGCUCAGACAUCAUGCCCGCAAGGUGAAACUUGCUCUUCCAUUAUUUCCUCCCUCCGUGUGGUCCUUCCUGCUUCCCUCCAUUGAAUAAAUCGUGUUUUCUCUUAGAAGUUAUAAAUCCCUUUCUCAAUCAUUAUCCUUGCCUGGUCAGAGUGCACACUUUGGCUCUGUCAGCAAAACUGUCUAAUCAAAGGCUUUUCUGAGAAGCUUUUGAUUGGGUAGCGCAAGUGCAUGCAUGGAGAUAAGUCCUGGGAGCUUUUCCCGCUGCCUGUGGCUGCUCACUGUUAAAAAAACAAGCCCCUAGUACCCCCACCCCUGAGUGGCAGGUGGGGGGACUUAUUGUCCUCCCCCCCACCCCUGAGCGGUGGGUGGGGGCCAUAAAUAACAAUGGGGGGACCUAUUGUCCUCCCUCCCCUCCAGCCCCCAACCCUGAGCAGUGGGUGGGGCCCUAAAGGCUAAUGAGGGGGGAAUCUAUUGUCCUUCCCCCUACCCGUGAGCAGCAGGUGGGGGCCAUAAAGGAAAAUGAGGGGGGGAGCUAUUGUCCUCCCACCCCUGAGCGGCAGGUGGGGGCCAUAAAAGACAAUGAGGGGGGAGCCUAUAGUCCUCCCCCACCCCGUGAGCGGUGGGGGCCAUAAAUAACAAUGGGGGGGCCUAUUGUCCUCUCCCUCCCCCACUCAGCCCCCUCCGCUCUGCAGUGGGUGGGGGCCAUAAAUAACAAUGGGGACCUAUUGUGUCCCCCCUCCCCGGCCUCCACCCGCCGCUCAGGGUGGGGUUCCUAUUGUCCUCACCUUAGCCCUCACCCCUGAGGGGCGGGUGGGGGCCCUAAAUUAAAAUGCCCCCAUUCCAAGGUGACUAGGGGUCCUGAGGGGGGGAAUCAAAAGAACCAACUACCUGUAAAAAAAAUAAAAAAUUACCAUUUGAGGUCUUUUUUCUAAAAUCUUAAUUUUUCAGCCCCAAAAAAGCCAAAUAAAAACCAUAAUACCUGUCGAAUUUGUAAAAAAUAAAAUAACCCGAGCGCAAAAAAAAAAAAAAAAAAUCAGUCAAAAAAGAAAAACCCCCGACACUAAAAAAUGAAUCCAUCUUCACCCAGCGAGGGCACAGCGCAGACUGAGCUCCGCAGGGUGGGGAAAGGCUUAUAAAGCCUUGCCACACCCUGUAAUUAGGCUCAGAACACUCUGAUUGGAUGGCAUGAAAUCCAUCCAAUCAGAGUGCUCUGUGUCAUUUUACACAGCGUGGGAAAAUUCCAAAGAACUUUCCCACACUGUGUAAAAUGACACAGAGCACUCUGGUUCAAUUCCAUGUCAACCAAUCAGAGUGUUCUGAGCCUAAUUGAAGGGUGGGAUCACCCCCCCUCAUUUUCCUUUAUGGCCCCCACGCACCGCUCAGGGGAGGGGACGGGUAAGGAGGACAAUAGGGUGUACUAGGGUUUUUAAUAUUAGGUCUUUCAGCCUUUUGGUAGAUAGCUCCCUGAUACCGUGGGAAUUAGGGAGCUAUCUACUAAGGGGCAAGAUGCAGCUGCGGCACGAAUAGGAUCGGAGUUUCAUUCAUUAGAAUGAAAUUCCAAUCCAAACAAAGUCCUGAUUGCGUUCUAACACGAAUGGUGAAACUGUUCUCAUUAUGUUAGGACGCAAUUCGUCAGUUUUGCUGGCGCUAUGUCUAAAUGACAGAGCGUUCGGGAAUACUGACAGGAAGCAUCGCGGGAACAGGGAGGAAAGCUAAGAAUUGUGGGAAAAUUUCUCUGACCGCUGGAAAUGAAGCACACUUUGCUCCUCUGGUCAGAGAUGGUCAGGUGUAGGAAACCUCCAUAAGACAAAUAGUCCCUAUUUUGUCUUAUGUUUUAAAGAAAACUAGAGCAGACAGGAAGAAAUGAAGAACAGAUCCCAAGAGAGGGAGAGAAAGGUAAAUUCAGCAUGACAGUGCCGCUUUAACCCCUUAAGGACUCAACUUCUAGAAUAAAAAGGAAUCAUGACGGAAUAUUUCCGUUAUGUGUCCUUAAGGGGUUAAGGACUGUGCCAAAUGUACUCAUUGUGAUCAAAACAAAACCUUCAAUUUGCGCUAUGUGUCUGUUCAGGCGUAAUUCACCUCUUUCAUAUUAUGUGCUCCCACACUUAUUAUAUAUCAUUUUAUUCAGGAGAAACAGGGCUUUCAUUUAACAUCAAAUAUUUAGGUGUGAAACAUAAUUUAAUAUGAAUAAAAUAUAAAACAAAUGGGAGAAAAUAAGAUUUUUUUAACAUUUAUUUUAGUUCUACGUUACAUUUUAACUGUGAAUGUCAUAAUACUGUUUGCUUUUACUGCAAUAAAUUACACAUAUUUGUAUUCAGCGAUGUCUCACGUGUAAAACAGUACCCCCUAUGUACAGGUUUUAGGGUGUUUUGGGAAGUUACAGGGUCAAAUAAUAAUUCGACAUAUAUAUUUAUGUAAUAAUUUUACAUAAUUAGGUCAUUUUAUUAAUUACUAUUUGCGGGACCUGCCUGACAAACGAGAUCAAAAGUCCAGAGAAUUUAAUUUGCUAGCACUAUAUUUAGCCCUUUAACUUUCCAAGACACCACAAAACCUGUACAUGGGGGGUACUGUUUUACUUGGAAGACUUCGCUGAACACAAAUAUUAGUGUUUCAAAACAGAAAAAUGUAUUACAACGAUGAUAUCAUCAGUGAAAGUUAAUUUUUUUGCAUUUUUCACACACAAAUGGCAUUUACAUGGAUGAUAUAAUUGUGAUAGGUUUUACUGUUUUAAAACACUAAUAGUUGUGUUCAGUGAAGUUUUCAGAGGAUAACAGUACCCCUCAUGUACAGGUUUUAUGGUGUUUUCAAAAGUUACAGAGUCAAAUAUAAGGCUUGCGUUUCAGUUUUUUCACAUUGAAAUUCGCCAGAUUGGUUACGUUGCCUUUGAGACCAUAUGAUAGCCCAGGAAUGAAAAUUACCCCCAUGAUGGCAUACCAUUUGCAAUAGUAGACAACCCAAGGUAUUGCAAAUGGGGUAUGUUCAGUCUUUUUUAGUAGCCACUUAGUCACAAACACUGGCCAAAAUUGGCGUUCAAAUUAGUUUUUUGCAACUUUUCACACACAAACAAAUAUUAACACUAACUGCACCGCCGAAAUGUUGUCCAUGCGGAGCAUAAUGCAUCAGUUCGACAUGUCUUUGGCCAGGCUGCGGAUGGCGAAGGACUAUGCAACCAAUUCCAGACAGUUGAGGUGAAGGUCGGUCUCUUCGCCCUGCCAAGGUCCCCCUGUGGAGGAGUGUGCGCCCCAACCCCAGAGGCUGGCGUCCGACUCUACAAUGAAGUCCAGGCAUGAGCCAAAAAUCGCUUUGCCAUUCCAGGCUUGAAUGUGCAGAAGCCACCAGCGAAGUUCCGUCUGAACGUCCUCUGAGAGCUGGAUCCAGUGAGCGUACAAGUGUCCCAAGUACAGGCAUCUCGCUUUUAGGCGUUGCAUGGCUCUGUAGUGUAGAGGUCCUGGAAAUGUUGCUUGGCUGAAGGACGAGAGGAGUCUAACAAUCCGAGCGAGCAUCCUAAGGGGAAUUGUAUCCAUCCGGAGGACACGUUUGAUUUCUUUCCGUAUGGAGGCUACCUUUGACGUUGGAAGGCUCAAUACGCAGUUCUUUGAGUCGGUCUCGAAUCUGAGGAACUGGACCGACUGGGAAGGAUAGAGAGAUGAUUUCUGUCUGUUCACCACAAAACCCAAGGAUUCUAGGAAGUGAACGACAAACUUUGUCUGCAAUCGUAGUCUUGAUGUGGAUUUGCAGAAAAUCAGCAAAUCGUCCAGAUAAACGAGACAUCGCACGCCUGUGGUUCAGAUGUGAGCCAUCACUGGUUUCAGCAGCUUCAUGAAGCACCGCGGAGCUGAGACUGAAAGGCAGACACGUGAACUGGCAUGUACGUCCUCUCCAACUGACCUGGAGGAACUGACGGCAAUCUAGGGCGAUGGGGACUGACAGGUACGGGUCUUUUAGGUCCAGGAGUGUGAACCAGUCGUUCGCAAUGAGAAGGUCUUGUAGGAGAUGAAUACCUUCCAUCUUAAAAAUGUCUGUAUACCACGUAGUAAUUCAGGUGUCGCAGAUUGAUAACCGGUCGGUAAUCUCCCGUCGUCUUCUUGACUAGGAAGAUAUUGCUGAAGAAACCGCCGUCUUCCGACGUGUAUUGCACUGCGCCCUUCUAGAAGAGGGUGCAGAUUUCUUCGUCUACCAGUUGGUCUUGUUCCGUAGACAUACGUAUUGGAGGCGGAGGAGAUGUCUGGACAGGUAGCGAAUAAAAUUCUAUGACGUAACCUUGUACCAUCUAGAGUAUCCAGGCGUCGGUGAUCGCCUCCCAAUUCUGUAAUAAAAGAGGCAUGUUGCCAAUGGUAAAGUUGGGAACUGGUGGACUGGUAUGGACACUUACACAUUAUGAAGCGACCACAUCCUCUGGAGCCUCUGUAGGAGGGGGAUCUUUGUGCCAUGGUAGGGAAGAAAUUGGAUGAUUGUGGGCAUGUUCUGGAGCCCGUCGACCAGAAGCGGCUGGUGGCUCAGCUCCGUUGUGGACCAACCCGCCCAAAAACACCUCAUCCAGGUGGGGUGCGGAAGAUCUGUUUCAAGGAUGCUUGUGCCUUGUUUAAAGUGGUGAACGAGUUCUUUGGAUCCAAGGUCCAAUAACUUGUUAUCUAUGCGGAGCAAGUCCGACCUGCGCUGUUCAGUGCAUAAUGCAGCAUUAGAACUUCCCAGCAGGCAUAUGGCUCAUUGGGCCCAUUCGCAAAUAGCUUGCGGGUCUAGUUGAGUGCCUUAGGAGAGCCCCAGGUCUGCACAGUAGAGGAUCUUGGUAAUAGGGCCAAGCAAGUCUAGUAGCUUGUCUUGUGCGGCCUUUAGGCCCUUCUCAGCGCCCUUGAAUGGAUUACGCCCAGAACGGGACAUGACGACCACCACCGUGGCUUCGAAUUGUGGAGUACAUGCCACUUUGUCCAGUAGGAGCGGUCUAGAGCAUUCAACCUUUAGGUAUGCACGAACCUCCCUCUCUAGGGGCUUGCGUAGCCAAUAGUGUACGAAUUUCCCCAGGUGGUCAGGGAGGGUCCACUCUGAUGAUCGGGGAUGGCGAAUGUUCUGAGGGUCGAAGAGUGGUAAUCCUUGCUUGUCCAAGAAGGUACCAUCUUCGGUCAUCUUAGUUUUAGGGACCCUCAGGGUGUCCUUGUGUCUGUCGACCUCCCCGAAGACGUUCUUUUUGACAUAUCGUGAGGAAGACUGUGGUAGGUCCUGCCAGUCAUCAUCUUCUGAGAGUGAGCCAUCUUCGCGCCACUCAUCCACAAUGUUGAGGUCACCUCCUGGGCCAUAGUCAUCUUCGUCGGAGGAAGGUGGUGGAAGGGGAGUGGGCUCCCGUUCCACCCGUUUGGGCCAUUUAACCAGUGCUUGGUCCUAGAGGCCGCAGGGCUUGUUCCCAAUGUCGUUUGGAUUUCGACAGUUCCGAGGCCUCCGCCAGAUCAGAUGGGUCUGUGUUGCCUUGGGGUGGGGUACUUCUCGUAGCAGAGCCUUCUCUACCGAGGCCGCCACCACAGCAUUGAUCAUCGCUUGGAAGUCUUGGGUCAGUUGCGGUGUGUCUUCCAUGUCUGAAACUAUCUUGUGUGUGAAACCGUGACAGUCAGUGAGUUGUAAUGGUGGCAGGGCAAUCAAAUAGCGGUAUCACCUCCUAGUACAACAGGGGCUCGCCCAGGGUAUAGUGACCCAAAAUUUUAUUGCCCGUGUGUGUAUAUUAUUUUGUGUGACAAUGCGGGAGGGCCCUCUCACCUGAUAAAACAGGGGUAUACCCUUGAAAAGUAGCUGAGACCUGUGUGUCUCUUAGGAGCGGGUGACCCAGGACUCCCUAGUAUAGUGGGUGUACCACAGUUGUACCCGGAGUUGAACCAUGUUCACAUCAGACUAAUGCAUCACAUAGGAACAUUCAGUGCAUACAUUUUCUGCCGUAGCAGACCCGCAUAUAAUUAGCUGAGGUUCGCCCCAGAUGGUGUGCCGUGACAAUUAGAGGACAUCCACGUUAAUAAUAGGCACAAUAUCAGGUUGACAUGGAUAGCUGGGGGAUCACCCUAGGUGGCGUGCCAUGAAAAAAGCCAGAGGACAGCCACAGUACUGUUUGUACCCUCGGUACAGUAUAUAUGUAAAUAACCCUGUGAAGGGUGACAGUAUAUGCACUCAGGCAGUAUAAUAUAAAUGUUACCGUUAAAGUGAGAAAUCAGUUAAUGUGCAUAUUACCUAGUAGUGUGUCAGUGUAGUGGAUGCAGAGUGUGUGUCAGUGUAAUGAAUGCAGAGUGUGUGUCAGUGUAAUGAAUGCAGAGUGUGUGUCAGUGUAGUGAAAGCAGAGUGUGUGUCCGUGUAGUGAAAGCAGAGUGUGUGUCAGUGUAGUGAAAGAAACCCACCCUCCAGGAAAACUAUACAUUGCAGCCUCCACCAAUACGCCUAUUCGACCGUACUGUGCCCAGCACAGCUUUAGUAGCAAGCAUAGGAAUUACUACCACUAGUGUACCUGCCCACAAAAUAAUUAAGUAUGAAACUAGUCUCAUAUAAUGUGAAUGGCUUGAACUCCCCAGGCAAGCGCAGACUCCUUCUUAAAGACCUUACAACCAAUGGUAUAGACGUAGCUUGCAUACAAGAGACCCAUUUCAAACGUACCCAUCCCCCAGCUAUCUUUACUAGACAAUUCCCCAUGCAAGUGCACUCUCUCUCUGCCACAAAAUCCAAGGGAGUAUCGAUCUUUAUCCACAAAGAUGUAGCCUACACUCCACAGCGACAGUACAUAGACCCAGAGGGGAGAUAUGUUAUACUGGUGGGUCGUUUCAACGAUACACAACUGACGCUGGUGGCAGCGUACCUGCCCAAUGACCGACCACGCCACUUUCUGUCUUCCCUCCUGCGCAAAAUCGAAGAUUAUAGGUUAGGGGACCUGAUACUCUGCGGAGACUUUAACUGCAUACAAUCGCUAGGGCUAGACACUACUGCAACCCCCACGGGCGCAAACAAACGGAGACUGGACACAUCAUGUAAAGCACUCUCCAAACUCCUUGACCAAUACGACCUAUACGACGCCUGGAGGACCAUGCACCCGACAGACAGGGAUUACACUUUUCACUCCAGAGUCCACAAUACAUACACGCGCAUAGACACCUUUCUCCUACACAGGACACUACUGCCGCAACUCACGCAGUGCACCAUAGGGGAAAUAUCCUGGUCAGACCACGGUCCCGUCUAUCUAAACUUACUAGACACUUUCCAAUUUCGGGGCCGGGGGUCCUGGCGUCUAAAUGAUUCGCUGUUGUCCAAUGCACCCUUUGCGGAACACAUAAGAGAAGAACUCCAAGCAUACUUUGCGCUGAACGCGACAGGAGAGGUCUCAGACUACACGGUUUGGUCGGCGCAUAAAGCAGUAGUACGGGGGCUUUUCUUGAGACGAGCCGCCUUCCUAAAGAAGCAGAAUACGUCCGGCCUCCUUGAUUGCCUUAGGCAAAUAGCUAUAAUCUCUAGGCAGAAUAAAUCUAAGCCCACCCCUGACCUAGCGAAACAGCUCAGAGUGCUUUACGCACGAAUGCAAGAGCUGAAUACAGAAAAAACCAAGCGCAUGCUCCACAAACUGAGAGCCAAUGUAUACCACAAUAGUGGGAAAGCCACUAAAUACUUAGCCGCCAGGCUACGAAAUCAAUGCUCUAGCUCCAAGAUAGCCCACGUGGUGGGAGGCGACGGACUAAAGAAGGUUACCCCCAUGGAUAUUAGCCAGGAAUUCGCUCAUUUCUACUCUAAACUUUACAACCUAAAGGAGGAGGGCAGCACUCACAAUGCUAGCUUAGACGACAUAACCCAAUUUUUAUCCCAAGCCAAACUCCCCCAACUAACGAGUGUACAGGCAGAAGCAACUAAUCAGGCCCAUUGAGCUCACAGAGGUGCUUGAAACGAUCGCCAAAUUGCCACAAGGGAAGUCACCAGGAGCAGAUGGGCUCCCAAACACCUACUACAAAAAAUUUGCGCACGUCCUGGGCCCCCACCUGCUAAAAGUGUACCGUAGGGCGACUGCCACGGGCGCGCUCCCACCAGAGAUGCUCCGGGCUACCAUAGUAACCAUCCCGAAACCCGACAAACCCCCGGACACCUGUAAAAAUUACCGCCCUAUAUCGCUUCUAAACUCAGAUGCAAAGAUCUAUGCGAAGAUCCUAACGAAUAGACUAAAUAGGGUCCUGCCAUCCCUUAUUGGGGAUGACCAGACAGGGUUCAUACAAGGAAGACAGGGAACAGAUAAUACCAGGAAACUGUCGCUGAUCCUGGAUUACCUCAGGGGGACCAGAGGAGGCGGUCUAUUACUAGCACUUGACGCCGAAAAAGCUUUUGACCGCCUAAGCUGGCCCUUCCUGCAACAAGCCUUGAGAGCCUAUGGGUUCCCCCCCCAGUUUGAGUCACAAAUUUUUGCUCUGUAUGCGGGUCCGACAGCCCAGGUACUACAGGCAGGCUUUAUGUCUGACCCGUUUCAGUUGUCCAAUGGAACGAGGCAGGGGUGCCCCCUAUCCCCCCUGCUGUACGUGUUGGCGUUAGAACCCCUCCUGCAAACCAUUCAAAACCAUCCUGACGUCAAAGGGAUCCAAAUUAAGGGAACAGAUUACAAAGUUAGCGCCUUCGCGGAUGAUAUCCUUCUUUAUGUCACCGAUCCCAUGACCACGAUCCCUGUAAUUAUGCACAUCAUCAAGGAAUAUGGCCUAUGCUCCUACUACGCACUGAACACCACAAAAACCCAAGCCCUGGGAAUUGGCCUACCCCCCCAAGUGACGGAAACACUACGCAUGACAUACCCUUUCGAAUGGAGGCGGGAUAACAUCAAAUACCUAGGUGUUAUGUUCUCCAGACGCCGCGCUGACCUAAGCGCAACCAACUAUAUCAGGGUCUGGACAGAGUGUAAACAAUCCCUGACAAAAUGGGGAUCCCUCUUCCUGACUUGGACUGAGAGAAUAGUGGCGAUUAAGAUGUCCAUACUCCCCAGGUUACAAUACAUUUUUAGGAACCUCCCAUUACCAAUGCCACAAUCCUAUUUUAAAGCGAUUCAGAGCGAUAUCACCAACUUCAUCUGGAACAAGGGUAAACCCCGCAUCUCAAUGAAGCUCCUACGAGCUCCAGCUAGAGCAGGAGGCUUAGCAGUCCCUGACGUGCGUACCUAUUACCACACAUCCAUAUUAGCAGCAGCCAUCCCCCAUUUUGUUGACCAAAGCCCCCCGCAAUGGGUCAGGCUUGAGAAGCUCAUGAUGACUCCGUAUGACAUCACCCACAUACUAUGGCUCCCGCAACAGCUUCGCCCCCCCCUAAAAGAUAUCCCUCCCCAACUCGCCCUACUCAUACGAGUUUGGGACGCACACAGACAUAAGCUGACCUCCAGCGGCCCUCUGUCCCCAGCCACACCGACAGCGGCUCUCACAUACUGCAUUCCCACCUUCUACGCUAAACCGUGGCAGGAGAAGGGGCUCCAACACUUAGGCCAAUUCCAUGCUAACUCAAAGCUCCUAGACUUUCACACCCUACACUCACUCCACGGUGUCCCCCUGACAUCUCAUUUUUCCUACAGACAACUUCAUUCUUUCCUGCACAAACAAGCUACACAAGUACCGCCCAGCCAAACCGCCACCGACCAACUUACAACACGGGAAAAAAUGUGUAUAAAUAAAAAACUACCCCCACUAUGUAAGCCAAUCUCCACGUGUUACCAAUUGCUAUUAGACUUCACACCUCUCUCAGAGGCCACGCCAGCUAGACAAUGGGCAGAAGAUCUGACCAUUGAGCUCACUCACAAAGAGUGGAACACUUUAUCUACCGCACCCAAAACCCUCCUUAAAUCAGCACCGUUACUGGAGCAGAACAAAAAAAUGAUUUACAGAUGGUACAUGGUCCCGGAGCGGCUUUUUAAAAUGUACCCCGCCGCUUCAUCCACCUGCUGGAGAUGUCGGGAACACACCGGAUCAGUUUUACACAUCUGGUGGACGUGCUCACUGAUAAAACCCUUUUGGGAAGCAGUGCACUCCUUCCUACAAGACCUCACGAAACUUACACUGCCCCUAGACCCGCUCACGUACCUGCUACUGCACACUCCCCCCCACACUCCUAAGUUCCUCCAAAAACUAUUUUUCCACACAACACUAACGGCUCAACGCCUUAUAGCGCGGGCCUGGAAAUCUCCAACCACUCCUAAGAUACAAAACGUACUCUCAGAAAUAGCUGAGCAGAGGCUCUAUGAGCGUUGCUUCACGAAUAUAUGCCCACCCACCCGUACAGGGACGACAGCAUGGGAUGUGUGGGACGCGUGGAGAUUGGCAAACCCUGAGUAAGGCGACUCAUUCCUGUACCAUAGCAACAUGUAUGCAUUGUAUUGACCCACUGUGUUCGCAAAGCGAAAGAGCAUAGGAUUAGGCUACGCAUGGGGAAGUAUACUCCAAAUUACACAGAUCUCCCCAGCCCAUGUGUGGGCGCAUUGACUAGAAUUACACUAAGCAAUUUUGUGCGGCUUAUUUUUCUUAACAACAAUAUUAUUAAUACCACUGUCCAAACCAUUACUGUUUUACCAAGCUACUAUGCUACUACGCUAUGUCGCCUUGUACCGAGUGACAUAUACUGUAACACGGAACCCCCUCCUUCUUCUCUUCUGUACCCCCCCCCCCUGUUCUUAUCAACAAUAAAAAUUGUCAAAUUGAAAAAAAAGAAAGCAGAGUGUGUGUCAGUGUAGUGAAAGCAGAGUGUGUGUCAGUGUAGUGAAAGCAGAGUGUGUGUCAGUGUAGUGAAAGCAGAGUGUGUGUCAGUGUAGUGAAAGCAGAGUGUGUGUCAGUGUAGUGAAAGCAGAGUGUGUGUCAGUGCAGUGAAAGCAGUGUGUGUGUCAGUGUUCUGAAUGCAGUGUGUGUGUGUCAGUGUUCUGAAUGCAGUGACUGGUGGCAUUGUGGGCCCCCGCCUCCCUAUGCUUGCAGAGGGGACCCAGCGGACUUAAAGUGUACUUACAAGCUCUUCCCUCUCUGUAACUCCCAGGAGCGCGGCGUGUUGCCAUGGUAACCCGUGGCAACGCUCUGACGGCCGUGGGUCUCGCGGGAGUUACAGAGAGGGAAGAGCUUGUAAGUACGCUUGCAGUCCGCUGGGCCCCCUCUGCAAGUAUAGGGAGCCGGGGGCCCACGGCUGCACAUAUAAGAUCUUCGCUAUAUAUAUGUGCAGAGAGGACCGCAGGGCCCAUGACAACCGUUAUGGUUGUCACCCCCUGAUGGCGGCCCUGCUUUCAGUGCAAAAGUUUGUUUCCCUCGGUAAAGAGGAAAUUAUUUAUUACAAAACGUCCUCGCAGCAGAAUCUGUUUCACCCUUUCAGUGCAGUCUCUGCAGAGUCGUUCACUUCUCGUCUGGAUUCUUUUGUGAGCAAGUUCCUUUCAAUGCCCUCCACCAUCAACUUCUCAAAGCAUAGACGCAUGGCUUGUUGCUUCUCAGAGGGGGCUGGCUACUAACAAUGCUGCACCGUAAGUCCGAGAAAUACUUCUCAUUGAGGAGAAUGAGACCAAGGAGGGGUCUGCUCAUGGACCACUGAUUCCGAUAGUCUUCAAAUAUAUGAUGAUAUUGAGAACAGUGGAGAGCAUCUGCUGGGAUCAUUUCAGGGUGUUGCUGCAUAUUGUGCAGGAAGCCCUCGCUCUCUUGUGGUGGUGGGGGCUCCUCGUUUCUUACCAGUUCGGGAUAACUGUUUGAAGAGGUAUGUGACUAUGUGGUCCAGACAAGAACAGAACAGCAGCCUGUGCACACCAUGGUGUCCUCCAGAGCUGUGUGCCCCUAAGAGAUGGAGGACAGAAUAAUUUUUUUGCACUUUAACGAGUGCCUAGUAGGUAAUGUGCAGAUUAUCUACGUAAUUUGCAGAUUACCUAGGUAAUGUGAGAAAUAUUGGAGAAACAAAAUCAUUUUCUGCACUUUAACUGAUCGCCCUAGUUAAUCUGCAGAUUAACUAGGUAAUGUGCACAUCUACUGAUUUCUGCACUUUAACUGUAACAUAUACACUCCGUUUCCUUUGAGAAAAAGCCACCUAUUAAUUGAGAACAGCGACUGAAUCCUAAAUCAAAUAUUUUAGUUUGACAGAAUAAUGCAGUAAUCCUUAGAGUUAAAGAGGUACCUCUUCAAACCAGUCCAGUAGGUCCUUUAAAAAACAGAUUGUUUGUAUUCCGAUCUGGAAUAAAGACAGAAGAUAGCCGCCAUGAAUCUUGCGGUACCCGCAAGAUCCAAGAUGGCCGCCGCUAUCGCGCAACUGUAAGCAAGCCCGCCAAAAAACCCGCUGCAAAGCGUCCUGGUCUACACCCCCCAGCCCGAAACCCAAGCCUACUGGCCCCACAGUAGUAUCCCCCCACUGACCCGCGGCACAAGCGCAGUACUGGCAGCCGCGAUGCCCGCAGACCAAGAGGGGCUGGGAAGCACAAGUAACAACAGAGGGCUAUGGCUGGAAACACAGUGAAAAGAAUAAAUAUCUAAGACAUAUAAAAAAGACAGGUAUAGGGGAAGCCAGGGAAUAGUAGAUCAAAAUAGUAAAUAGUAAAAAAAAAAAAAAAAAACCAAUAGAAAUUAUCGUUAAGAAUAAUAAACCAAAGGAGAAAUAAAUACUCUGACUUGUGCCAGGCUGGAGCAGCAAAGAAAGAGGAAGUGAUGUAACUGUCAGGGUCUUUUAUGUAUCAUCUGACUUUUUUUCUGAUUGGUUGUUACUGUUUCUGUGCUGCUGGAGAUUUAGUAGAGAGAGUUAUGCAAAUAUGAAGCCUCCUGUCAUGUGGUAAAAUUCUUAUUUCCUCCCAUUUUUAAAUAUUUUUUUCAUGUUAAAUUAUGUUUCAUACCUAAAUAUUUGAUGAUAAAUGAAAUCCCUGUUUCCCCUGAAUAAAAUCAUAUAUCAUAAGUGUUGGUGCACAUAAUAUGAAAGAGAUGAACUACGCCUGAACAGACAUUUAGCGCAAAUUGAAGGUUUUGUUUACGUUUUGUUUUGAUCACAACGUGUACAUUUGGCUCAGUGCUUAAUGGGUUAAAGGAGCACUAUAGUGCCAGGAAAACAAACCCGUUUACCUGGCACUAUAGGGUUGUUAUGUCCCCCUUCCCUCCCCCCGCUGGUCUGAAGGGGUUAAAACUCCUUCAGCCCCUUACCUUAAUGAGGCGCCGGGCUCCUUCGCCGCUGGUGAGCUCUCCUCCCCCAGCCAACGUCAGCUCCUAAGUGGAGCCGAAUGAGCAUGCGCAUUCAAACCGCCCAUAGGAAAGCAUUGAGUUAAAUGCGAUUUUCUAUGCGCUGCGUGAGGUCAAUGCGAUUUUCUAACUGAGAAUUGCAGAAAGGGCCUCCAGUGGCUUUCAGGGAGACAGAAGCGUGCAUGCAGGCAGGCAUACGCUGGCAGAUGCGCACACACACUCAAACUCACACACGCACACAUUCUCUAACAAGUUAUUUUUGGUUUUAUUUCAGUUUAUUUCCACAUUAUAAUAAUAUUUUAAAUACAUCUAUCCUUACAUCCCAUACAUAAGUUCCUUUAACCCCUUAAGGACACAAGACAUGUGUGACAUGUUAUGAUUCCAUUUUAUUCCAAAAGUUUGGUCCUUAAGGGGUUAACUAAGUAGCUGGAAUCUGUGAUAUCCUGGAGCUGUGCUUCCAAAUACAUCUGAGAUUAUAUUUGAGUACACAUUUGUAUGCAUAUGCCUGGCUGGCUCACCUUGAAUUAAAAGGACUCAUACAGUUAUGGGGAAGCAUUAGAUUGGCUGAGAUUAUUUGUAGAGAUGACCUCAGCCAAUGGAUGGGGGCGGAUUCACAAAGAUGGGCAGACCGUGGGAAAUAAAUCUAAAAGUAGAACGCUAUAGCAGCAUGUAUUCCUACCGUUAUAGUUAUCCUUUAAGGUAUACUAUUGCUUUGUUAAUUAAAUGCAUGUUUUCUUUGUCAAAAUUAUAAGUAACAAAGUUAAAUCUCUCUCAAUCAGAGGAAAAAGAUAGUACGGCACAGAAGGCCUCAGACGACAAGGAGAAGCAGCAGCCCCCGGUGGCUGGCCAGGAGCAGCAGCAGCCCCUGGUGGCUGGCAAGGAGCAGGAGCAGCCCCUGGUGGCUGGCAAGGAGCAGGAGCAGCCCCUGGUGGCUGGCAAGGAGCCGGAGCAGCCCCUGGUGGCUGGCAAGGAGCAGCAGCAGCCCUCGGUUGCUGGCAAGGAGCAGCAGCAGCUCUCGGUUGCUGGCAAGGAGCAGCAGCAGCAGCCCUCGGUUGCUGGCAAGGAGCAGCAGCAGCCGCCCUCAGUUGCUGGCAAGGAGCAGCAGCAGCAGCCCCCGGUUGCUGGCAAGGAGCAGCAGCCCCAGGUUGCUGGCAAGGAGGAGCAGCAGCCCGCGGUUGCUGGCAAGGAGGAGCAGCAGCCCGCGGUUGCUGGCAAGGAGGAGAAGCAGCCCGCGGUUGCUGGCAAGGAGGAGAAGCAGCCCGCGGUUGCUGGCAAGGAGGAGAAGCAGCCCGCGGUUGCUGGCAAGGAGGAGAAGCAGCCCGCGGUUGCUGGCAAGGAGGAGAAGCAGCCCGCGGUUGCUGGCAAGGAGGAGAAGCAGCCCCCGGUUGCUGGCAAGGAGGAGAAGCAGCCCCCGGUUGCUGGCAAGGAGCAGCAGCAGCCCCCGGUUGCUGGCAAGGAGCAGCAGCAGCCCCCGGUUGCUGGCAAGGAGCAGCAGCAGCCCCCGGUGACUGGCAAGGAGCAGCAGUCCCAGGGCAGCCUGCCAGAGAGCACUUUAGACCAAGAUGAAGAGGAGAAUGCCCAAGAGAACAAUCAGAAUUCUAAUAAUGAAGAUUAUGAAGAAAAUGCUGGAGUAAUGGAUCCAGACGAUCCUAGGAAGUCUCCAAAUUUAGAGGAAGACACAGAUCAUAAUGAGCGAAAGGAUGAAGAAGAUAUAGACAAUGAUGACCUAGAUGAGCCAAAUAACUCAGACACAGAUCUGAAGAGCAUUAAGAAAAAUGAUGUGAUCCUAAAUGAAGUACCCCUUAAUGAAUCGGAAAGCAGCCAUUUCUUUACCUACCUUGUUACUUCCGCCAUCCUAGUGGCUGUACUGUACAUCGCUUAUCACAAUAAACGCAAGGUAACGUUCUUUAUUAAAUGCCAUUUAACUAAGACUUUUUUUUCUCCUGAAGAUUUUUUUUAAUUUUCAUAAAUUUUAUUUUAUUUAUUUUAAGUUUAAUUUACUAAGUGCUAACAUUCACAAGUUAGAACUUUAAAACUAGUGAAGAGUGUUGCAAAAUCAGUACUCACAAGGCAGAUUUCAAUAUGCCAAUGUCUUACCCAGUCAAGUUUCUAAUGACAAUAUAUGCUGGUGAUUGCUAAAGGGGCACUGUAAGCACCAAAACAACUAUAUCUUAAAGGGACACGAUAGGCACUGUAGCCAUUUCAACUCAUUUAAGUGGCUAUAUUGUGUGGACUCUACUGGUGAUAUCUCUUGUAUCUCUGUCACACCUUUAUCGCACCAUUAUGCAGGGACCCUCAACACUCACAUCAUGGGCCCAAGUGACUGUAUUUUCACAGACAGAGUAGCUAUGCCCGCUAUGCAGUAAUAAGCUGAGUGUGUCAAUUGACAUUCUCAAUCCAUCUUGGCAUGCUAUCACUUAUAGGUUCUUAGUCUAUCAUUGUCUCCUAUGACUUGGUUAGCUGACGUACUCUUUUUUUGCCCAAUAGUCUUUGGAGGCUGGGCUUCGAGCACUGUGGUUCCCUGGAAUCCUAGUUAAUUGGUAUGAUAGUGGUUUGAAAGGGUAGUGGUGGACAGUGUACGCAGACUCCAUGCACCAUUUACAUUUCAAUGAUUUGCAGUGGUUAUGGUGCCCACAGUAUUCCUUUAAUGUGGUAGUUUAGGGGCAUAGCAGUGUUAACUUUGGCAGCAAAUUUCAAUUUAAUUUUAGUUAUCUAGUCUUUUGACUAAAAAGCCAUUUUAGUUUUAGUCGUAUUUUUGUCGUCUGAAUUGUUUUAGUCUAGUUUUAGUUGACUAAAUCUCAAAAUAAUUAGUCGACUAAAAUUGGGGCAUUCCUCCAUUGGCUGUUUGGCGCCAGCAUGCUGUGUCUGCUGCCAGUUUUGUACAUAAUUCACGUUAGCCAUCCCGUAACUUUAUUCUGGGCUGACUUACGACGCUGUCGGAUAGGAAGUUACACCUCUGGCAGCCAAGGCGUAUGUGCAGCAUUUUAAAGCGAAACGCUGGAUAUACAGACUCCAUGCAGCAUGACCACUGCAAAUCACAGAAGUCAUCAUGUUGCUUUGAGUAACCCUUUAAUGUAGCAGAGGGGAAUGAGGACAUCAAAAUGGUAUAAGAAGGGGUUGUCACAUAAUGGUUUUAAAGGAUUUGUAGAUGGAGAUUAGUAGGUGUUACAUGUCAAGAUGAUGAAGAAAAACAGAUUGAGGAAAUAUUGCUAUCUGUAACCACCUAUUCACAUAUGAAAAGGCAUAGUUGCUAAUGAUUGUGGAAAGUAAAAACCAACGAUUAGUGACAGUACUUAAUUUUUUUUCUUUUCUGCUCCCCAAGAUCAUUGCAUUUGCAUUAGAAGGAAAACGCUCAAGAGGAGGCAGACGACCAAAUUCUGGAGAAUACCAGCGCCUGGAACACAAAGUGAGCUUUCACGUAAAAAUAAUGGUGAUAGGUGAUAAAGAAAAUGAGCUGAGCGACAAGACAACUUUGGCAUGUCGGAUAUUAGGAAAGUAGGAAAGAUGGUUCUGGGGGAGAUCCAGUUUCUUCACAUUGAGAUGGCGUUUUAUCCUGGCAUAAAUGCAUAUAUUCUUGAAUGCAUUUAAACAAUGCAGUUAAAAAAAUAUUAAUUUACUAGUUUUUAACAUUUCUUUCUCUUCCUAAAGUCAUACAAUUUCUUGGCAAAAGAACUUGUUUCUGUAGCUAAGCCAAUAUGCACCCUUUUUUACCCAGUAACAACUUUCUCAGUUGCACUCGAUAGUGAAGUAUAGUGAACUUGGGGAACAUAAUACAAUAUAUUACAGAUACUUAAACAAAUAAAUGUUCGGUAUAAAGCUGCCUCUAACAUAUUGGUAAGCUAUAAAACAAUAAUUAAACAUUGAUGUUGAAAGAAAUAUUAAAUACUAGAUCUCUAUACAACAUUAUAACACUUAUAAUGUAAAUAUGUAAUAUAGGAAGAUAUAAUUACUAUGACAGAAAAAGGAGUAGUGAAAAAAUAUAACGUUAAAAUAAAACUUAACUUUUAUUAAUAUGAAUAUAGUUUAAAAGAUCACAAUAUAUAUAAAUACCAUUAGCUAGGAAAAGGUCAAAUAGAGCACACUAGAUAGAACAAAGUGUAAACUCAAUCUUUAGAGUGAUAAUCGAUAGGGGUAAAUAGAUGCACUCCCUAUCUAAUAAAUAGCUCGUACAACUUACUGCACACAAUGUAUCAGUAGUGUUAGACGUUCCAAAUAGCAAAAGAAAAUAGGGUGCAAAGUAUCUAAAAUGUAUCAGUAUAAUUGCUAUAGAAACAUUAUAUGCAAUAUUUAGAAUAGCCGAUUAAAGAACUGCUCAGAUAGACAAACUAAAAUAUUGCCUUGAAAGAAAACGUCCAAAAAUAGAGGUAUACACCAGAACCAAAAAAAGGGAGGAGGGGGGUGGGUGAUUAUCUAAAAUGUCACAAUAACACACGGCUAAAACAUAGAGUCUAAGCAAAAGUAGUAGAGAUAAGGCAGUGAGCGCCUAUUAGCCAAGUAAAUAGCUAUAAAAUGAUAUGUUAGAUAUCAAAGCUACAGGAAACCCAAGAUCUAAGCUGUGCCUUCGAGGGCACCUGUGCUAUAAAUUAAUAAUUGAUCUAGCUAGCUAUUUACAAUACAUAAAUUUGAAUCAAGAAGGCUUGGAAAAAAAUAUAGUAAGUAAAUCCUAAAUAAGUUAUAGUUACCGUAUUUAUCAGCGUAUAACACGCACUUUUUCUCCCUGAAAAUAGGGGGGAAAUUAUGGGUGCGUGUUAUACGCCGACCCUUUAAAUAUUGCAGCCGCCUGAGCGCUCUGUCAAGAGCGCUCAGGCGGCUGCAGUUGGUUCUCACCUCCCCUGUAGCGUGGCCGAGCUGCUCUGCUGUCCGCGGUGCCCGGCCGGAGUCAUAGGAAGGUGCACACUCAGUGUGCACCUUCCUGUCAGUCCGACCGGGUACAGGAAACAGAAACUCCUGUUCCGCGCGGAACAGGAGUUUCUGUUUCCUGUACCCGGUCGGACUGACAGGAAGGUGCACACUGAGCGUGCACCUUCCUAUCACUCCGGCCGGCCACCGCGGACAGCAGAGCAGCUCGGCCACGCUACAGGGGAGGGGGGUAAAUAGAGGGAGGGUAAAAGAGGGGAGAGGGGGAAGAGGGGAGGGUAAGAAGAGGGGGAGUAGAAGGGGUAAGAGAGGGAGGAAGUAAGAAGGGGUAAGAAAGGGAGUAAGAAAGGAAGGGGGAAGGGGAAGUAAGAAGGGGGAGUAAGAAGGGGUAGGAGGGGAGGGAGGGGGAGAGGGGAAGGGAGUAAGAAAGGGGGGUAAGAGAGGGAGGGUAAAAGAGGGGAGGGGGAGUAAGAAAGGGGGGUAAAAAGAGGGGGGAGUAAGAAAGGGGGGUAAGAAGUUCUUUAUUUGAAAUUUAAGUUUUUUUCCCCUGAAAUUUUCUUCUUAAAAUGAGGUGCGUGUUAUACACCGAUAAAUACGGUAGGUAUAUUCAUAAUCGGUAAGGAUGACUGUCCAGCAAGUCUAACUUGAUUCAAAGCCGCGACACGCGUUUCACCAGUCACGCAGCCCCCUGAAAUGUAGGAGUACAAUUGUUAUAGAAACACUAGUAAGUUGUAUGAGCUAUUUAUCGAUUGAGUUUUUAGAAUCUAUUUACACUUUAUUCUAUCUAGUGUGAUCUAUUUGAUCUUUUCCUAGCUUAUAGUACUGUUUCGGGCUGCCUAAUGAUAAUUCUGUACAUAUUUUAAGACUGUUGCCCGCGCACAGUGUGUGCUGGCAACAGAAGUGAUCAAUAUCUACCCCUACGAGGGAAAGCCUGUAUUUACCCUAUCUUCACUUAUUCCACCCACUCCACUUACUGUCUCCCUACAUUAGGUUUUGAAAUCCCCUCCCCCCCCCCUUUUUUUUCCUUCCCUGUGCACCCUCACUGCCUUUUUUGCUGGCUUAGAUUGCGCACAUGCACUUUGAGACUGCGAAAUGGUGCAAUCACAGACUUAUCUCUGAGAUGCUUUUGGCUGCACUGUGCAAGGGCCCCCUGCUGACAUCAGACCAAGGAGGGAGAUCGGGGCGGGGGCUCUAUUGAUAAUGCCUAAUAUAGAAGUUCAACUUUUUUUUAUUUUAUUUUUAAAUACAUGUUUAAGAGGGGUUACAGAAAUUAUUUAAGCAGUUGAUGUUUCUCUAGAAAAAUUGAUUGCAUGAAUUUAAACAUUUACCCAUUUUGAUUGACAUUCCUUUUAUUCCUCCUGUUUUUCAGAUUUAAAAGCACUUGUCUCUCGUACCUAAGAGGCCCCAAGACAACCAUGACCAUCCCCUCAGAGAGAUCGUUCUAUGGGUCACAAGCACUCCAUACUUGCACUAUUUUCUUAGAAAUGCAUAUAACAUGAAUUGUAUCCAUUUUAUUAAUCUGUUGGUUAUACCUGGGAAUAUUUCCAAUUCUUAUUUCCUUCAAGGUAGCACCUCCCUUGCCUCUUCCCUGUAUUAUUCAUCACACAGUUCCAUCUCCAUCUUUUUGUUGCUCUUCUCCCCUCCUCCACCCCCCACCCUCAGUUGUAGAUGUAGGUAGACAUAAAGCUACAAUCAAGUGGAAAAUGUAUAGAUAAGAAUACUGUUUUAAUUCACUACUGUGUUUGAAGUUCUCUAUUCUGUCUGUCUACAUGUUUGUACUGUUAGCAGUGAUAUGUUGCUACAGUUCUGUACUGGAACUAAAAAUGCUUAAAGUACCACUAUAGGCACCCAGACCACUUCAGCUCAAUUAAGUGGUCUGGGUGCCAGGUCCUUCUAGUUUUAACCAUUUCCGCGAUUCUCACGGUGAAAAUCACAGUGAGAAGACGCUGACGUCCAUAGGAAAGCAUUGAGUAAUACUUUCCUUGGUUUGAAUGUGCGCGCGGCAUGCACAUUUUGCACUGACGUCGGCAGGAGGAGGAGAGUUCCCCGGCGCUGGAGAAAGGUAAGUGGCUGAAGGGGUUUUAACCAUGAGGGUGGGGGGACCUAAUGACCCUAUUGUGCCAGGAAAACGAGUUUGCACUAUAGUGCCAUGAGUAUCCUUUAAAGGACCACUAUAGUGCCAUGAAAACAAACUCGUUUUCCUACACUACAAUAUUGCUUUCACUCGUAUAUCUGUUAAAGGUAGCUUGUCAUCCAGGCCAGUUAAGGGACCCAAACAGUGUUAAUGGUCCUUCAACCCCUUAAGGACACAUGACAUAUGUGAAAUGUCAUGAUUCCCUUUUAUUCCAGAAGUUUGGUCCUUAAGGGGUUAAUUUUUUCACAUUGUUAUAUCCUUACUGAACUCUUCUGGUUUGAUAUGUAUCUACAAUCAACAAGUGGGUUGAUUUAGUUAACCUAUGAUGUUGGGAGGAAGACAAAAGGUAGAUGUUCAAGUUGGCAUUUUAUGAGAAUUGUUUCAUAGGACUCAGAUGUGGCUGGUGAAAACAUUUGAUGUUUCAGUUACUCUUAGCUCUUGAACUUACCAUUUUCUCACAUAAUCAACUUAUUGAAAUGUUUUAGAUGUUUCUAUUUAGUUUAUACAACUUUCGGAGUAUUGGGAAAAAAAAGAAUGCUAUUGUUUUCAAAGUGAAUGGAAUAUCUGGUAGUGUUCUUGGAGUAAUGUCUCUGGGUUAUUACUGUUAACUUUAGUAAAAUUUGAUUUGUAACUGCACAGUGCAAACAGGACUUUAUAAGGAUAAGUUGCCAUUAUUAUAAUAGGAUUUAUAUAACGCCAACUUAUUCCGUAGAGCUUUACAAUAUAAUAAAAGGGGGACAUUUUAACAAUAAAUGUACAAAAUGUUACAUGAAUAAUAGGUUGAUGAGGACCCUGCUCAGACAAGUUAACAAUCUAGAGCAGGCCUGCACAAACUUCGGCCCCGAGAUGUUUUUGAACUACAACUCCCAUGAUCCUGUGAAUAAAACAAAAAGCCGACGCACAUGAUUCAUUUAAUGAAACAGCCAACACCCAUGUUUUUUUAAUUAAACAGAUAGCCAGGGGAUCACGGGAGUUGCUGUUCAAAACAUCUGGGGAGACGCAGGUUGUGCAGGCCUGGUCUAGAGGAUCCAUUUAUUGGGAUAAAUUCUCGGUUACGUAAUAUCCAGUAAAAAAGAUGGAACUGCGCUCUGUAUGUCACAGAUCUGUUAAGACUAAAAUUUUAAAAAACUAGUUUACAAUGGAAAUAUAUACUGUCAGUGAUCUAAUUCAGCAAAUAAUAGCUGGCAGUAUGUGGGAAUAAGAUUUGAACCCUUACAAGUUAGUGUAAAACUAAAGUUAACAGGAACGUCCUGGUGACAUUAAACAAGUAUGCUAGAAGAUAUGUUAAGAUUACACGACUUUUAUUUGAUUUAAUUUUUUUCAGUCCAGUCUAAUGAGAUUCUCCUUUAGUUCCAUUAGUAUAGUUCAAAAGACAGGUUGUAAACAGUCACAUAAUAGAGGUUUUUUUUCUGAGUAUUGACUUUCAGGUACGAGUAAAGACCUAAAAUUGGGAAUAAUUGGGUUUAAAUAAUGAAUAGUAUAGAUUUUGGAAAACUGGAUUUUGCAAAAGUGCAAAAAGUGUUUGAGGCUUUCUUGUUGGUCAUGAGUCUGAAUUUGUGGGACUGGUGAUAUUUGCUCUACGUAUUUCCUGUUUGGGUUAUAACAUCCCCUGUACUCCCCUCAUAGAAAGGGGAAGAAAAACAAUAUUGGGGGGGGUCUCUUUAAAAAACUUUUUCCUCCUUUUUAAAAUAAAACAAGUCACAUGUCCACAUAGCAGCUUUCCCCCAUACACUGACCCUAUUGUUGGAAUAGUCUGUUUUGUUAUUUUUAAAACUAUUUAGCUGCAGACCCAGCAGGAAAUAAUCCAGGUAUGGUUUAUUGGGGCCAUUUAUCAUUAGAGAAGUAUAAAUCAAUGUAGAUAUCUUUUUAUAUAGAGAGUGAAUGGUUGUACAGUGCUGCAGAAUGUGUUUGCACUUUGUAAAGAAAAUAAUUGUGUUAGUAAUGUCGCUAUCCAUAAAGUGGGAAUUUAGGAAACUUGUAAAAUAAAGCUUCUGUGAUUGAAGCCAACGGUGCACAUAGAGAGAGGGCUGUGUAGGAAUAUUGAGAACAGGUUUGGGAAUCUUUUUCAAUUAACUGUAUAGCUGUAACGUACUGUAAAUGCUAUAUGUUUUUCUGUAUUUCUAUUACUUUUUUUAUGAUUUAGUGUCAAAUGAGCCUGAAUGUUUCACUUCUUUGACCCCAACAGUUUCCAAUAACUAAAUUAUGUGUUUUUCUUAGUUUUUUUUUUGUUUUGUUUUUUAUAGUUGUCCAUAAUAUAUAUAUAUAACAAAUAAAUAAUAUAUAGACUAAAUUGUAUGGUAUGGUUGAUGGUUAACUUUUCAGCUUGUUUCCACCCUUCGGUAUCCAUACUAGGGUGUGACAGUAUGUUUAUAGAAUAUUACAAACCAAGGAACUACUCAGGGAUUGAUUGAGCAUCCAGAUAAAAGCAACAUCUGGCAUUGAGUGGGUUAAAGACGCUGUACGCAUUGGUGCUUUAAUAGGAUGCUAUCAUAAAUAAUGCUUUAUGCAUGAAAAGCUAAUACUAAAUUAUUAACUAUUUUAUACCAUUUAAAGAUGAUUCCAAAAUGAAACAAUAAAACACUCCAUGAUAGUGGAACAGAAGAAGAGAAAAGAAAGAGCCUAAUUAUGGGGGAUAACCCCUGGUGAAGAACAAAUGAAACAAAAAAGAGCAGUGUACCUCAAAAAAGGAACUAGGAAACAAAAAGUAUACUAUAUACCGAAUAUGCAAUAAUCCUAAUAGGAUGCCAGAAAUACCAAUGCCAAAAUUGGCAAAAAGAAACAAGAAGAUAAUAAAAAAAAUCUAUUAACAGAAAAAAAAGGCAAUACUAACUAUUGCUAACAAAAUCCUAAAGUGCCCAUGUACAUACGUGUUAAUACUGCCAGUAUAUGUGGAGUGGACAGAAUAGAGAUUGCCAAAAACGUAAUGGUUCGUCUCCAUGUAUUACCAAGUUAAACAGAGAAUGCCAGGUUUCUCAGCAGCAAUUCAGGGGUUAACUCAAGCCUUGACAGCAAGUCGUGUGUUUCCAGAUUAGGCAGUGGAUCUAGUUUUUUAAUAUAGCGACUGGAGCUCCUGUACCUAUAAGCAACUCAGGGGUUAACUCGAGCUUUUACCAGCAAACUGUAACAAAAAAUACUUAGACAGCAGAUCUAUGUCAACAUACUAUACUUACUACUACCCUGUGACUAUAGCACAUUAUCUGUGAUAACCGCAUACAGACGUGUAAUUUUUACUCGGUACACGCUCUAUUCCUCUGCAAGUAUCUGUGGACAGUCAUUAAUUUGCCAUUAUCUGUUUAACUUGGUAAUGCAUAGAGACUAGCCAUUAUCUAUAUGGCAAUCUCUGUUCUGUCCACUCCACAUAUACUGGCAGUAUUAGCAUGUAUGUAUGUAUGUGAGGAUUUUGUUAGCGAUAGUUAGUAUUGUCUUUUUUUUUUCCUGUUAAUACAUUUUUUGUUAUUUUCUUGUUGCCAAGUCUGGCAUUGGUAUUCCUGGCAUCCUAACAGGAAUAUUGUAUAUUCUGUAUAUAGUAUACUUUUUGUUUCCUAGUUCCCUUUUUUUUUUUUUUUGAGGUACACUGCCCUUUUUUGUUUCAUUCACUCCAUGACAGUGGUCCAUGUUGCAAAUUUGCAUCUGCAGAUUCUGGUGUGCCAGACAUAUGUAUAAGUGUCCACAUGUCUGCCAACUUGUCACUGAAAUUAACCAGUGUAACUGGUUAAUAAGUUAGUCACUCCAGCUAUUGUGGCAUUUGUUUUUUGAGGGCUGUCUGAGCAUAAUCCACAACAGCGGUGCCAACAGUUACCCAUCACUGCCAUGAACAUUACUGUUUCAUGGUCAGAAAUGGAAAUGCUUGAACAUGUAGUUUGUCUCUUAUGGUACUUUUGGUGCUAAUGAAAGGUAACAAAUUACUGACCAUACAUGAUGUAAAAUGCUACGUACUCCGUACUAUUAUAGUUUUCAAGGUCGCUCGUGCCUAAUGAAAAAUAAUACAGUAAAAAUAUUUCACUCCAACUCUGAUCAUCGUUCAUUAACCCCUGAUUUGCAGGUGCUGGCAUUGCACGUUUGUCAUAGCUGGUAUACAUUCUACUUUUGGAAAUUUACCCUGUAAACUUAAUCCUUCAGAUUCUGAAAACCAGUGGUUAGUGUUGUGCUAGUCAUGGGUAGGUGAAUAUGUUUGAGGCAUUCUCACUAUAUACUAUAAUGUAUGUAACUCGUGUAUUGCUUUCAAAUAGCGAGGUAUACAUUUGUGUAUUUUGCAAGAAGGCUUCAGAGCAUUCUACCCCUUCAUGUGUUGGUUUUGUAAUAGACAUAACAUCCUGUGGAUUUAUUGAAAUGUGACAUGGU